AUGCGAAAUCGUCCAUUGUUAUGUUGUCUUGUCACUUUAUCUACUUUCUUCUCCAUGAUCUGGCUCCUAGCUCAAAUUGAAAAAGACAGAAGAUUCGUCCAGUUUGCCUUGGGAAUCUGCCUCUUUGGGUCGUUCUUUGUUCUUCGAAAUUUCACUUUGGCUUCGGUUGUAAGAGCAGCGUUCAUUGGUGUGUUGUACAGCUGCAGUUGGGAAGUGCCUGAACCGCUUGAUAGCUUUAUUAUCAUUGUCUCAAUUUUUCAUCUAGGUGAAUACCUGGCCGUAGCUCUUUCCAACCCAGCCCAACUCAAGUACACUUCCUUCUUACUCAACCACUCUCCCGCCUACCACGCUGCCAUGGCCGCCGCUGUCAUCGAAUUCGCUGGGUUGCACGCUUUGUUUGGAACUGGAUACGUUAUUUCUGUCGUUUCCCGCUUUGGUUUCUAUUUGACCUUGUUCGGAGAUUUUAUCAGAAAGUUGUCGAUGAUCUGGUGUGGGGCUGGCUUCACGCAUUUGAUCCAGUAUCAUCGAAGGUCGGAGCACAAACUGGUUACCAGUGGCCCGUAUAGUUUGUGCAGACAUCCUUCUUAUUUUGGAUGGGGAUUGUGGUCCAUUGCUUCUCAAGUUUGCCUUUGCAACCCAGUCUGUAUAAUUAUCUACACUGCUGCUACGUACACAUUUUUCGCCGAAAGAAUUCCUCACGAAGAGCAAACGCUACUGUACUUAUUCGGAAGAGAAUACGAAGAGUAUCGCAAAAAAGUUCCAUUUUCUGGAAUUCCUUGGUUGGAUUUGGAACAUCCAGCUAAUGAUUGA